AUGGAUGACGGUUUUGACGUGAUUGUCAAAAUCCCAUACCACAUUACAGGGCCUAAGCACUACGCGACGGCCAGCAAAGCUGCCACUCUAACGUACCUCAACACCAAGGAUAUCCCUGUACCCAAGGUGUAUAGGUAUUCUUCUUCAGACAACAAUCCGGCCGGGGUAGAAUAUAUCGUCCUGGAAAAGGCUGCAGGUGUCGGGUUAGAAACUAAGUGGCUUACCAUGAGUAAGCGGGAAAGACACACUCUCGCCUUGAGUGCAGUGGAAGUCGAGAAAAAAUUCUUUGAUAUCCCCUUCCGAGCUAUCAGAAGUAUUUACUUCAAGCAAGACGUUCCGUCUGGCCUCCAAACAACAUUGUAUAAACCUGAUGUUAAGUCGGAUCGUGACUCAGAAAUCUUCUGCAUUGGCCCGACUGCUGACUAUAGAUUCUGGUAUGGCAAAAGAGCUGAGCUAGAUCUCCAUAAGCUUGAUUUUCCGCAUAAUGGUGUGUGUCCGGGCGAAAAGUCCCCAGCCGACUACCUCAGUCUUCUGGAGAAGUACCUCGCACUGCCCACUCUUCGUCACCCAGACUUGAACCCGAACAAUAUCUUCAUUUCACCUGAUACCGGAGCUGUAACCUGUAUCAUUGACUGGCAGUAUACGACGAUUGAGCCACGUCUGCUAGCUGCGGGCUAUCCGCGUGCCUUCGAGAACCCCGACCCCGAGCAAUCUCCCACUCUCGAAGGACCGUCGCUUCCACUAGACAACGAAGCCCUGUCCCCCGAGGAGAAAGCCGAAGCCGAAGAGCCUUAUCGCCGGCGUCUUCUCUUCUACUACUACCGGAUCUUCAAUGGCCACUCGAACAAGCCGCAUAUUGAAGCUCUACGCGACCCCAUCCUUCUUCCUCGCCAGCACCUCGUUGGCCGGGCCGGCAGACAAUGGAAUGGGAAUCUCAUCAUUCUGAAAGAGGCAUUGCUCCGUAUGACUGAGUAUUGGCCUCACUUACCUGACACCAAAGGUGUAUCGUGUCCGGUGCACUUCACCGAUACUGAAGUGGCUGAGUUCGGUGAGCAGGAGCAGUUGUGGUUUCAGCUGAAUAGCCCGGUGAACCAUUGGAGGGAUCAAGUCGGUGGGGUCAGUGAAGAUGGCUGGAUCAGUAAUGAUCGUUACGAUGACACCGUCCGGAAAAUAGCCGAGCUGAAAAGCUCUCUGUUGGCUACUGCAGAAGGAGAUGAGGAGGAUAUUCGGUUUUUGGAGAAGGGAUGGCUGUUUAGGGAUCGUCCGGAGAUCUAUUGA